AUGGUUCCAAACAAAAGAACAUUCCCAUCUGGCAUCAAGGCGCUUGCAGAUUAUGUGCACGCGAAAGGGUUGAAACUCGGUAUCUACAGUGAUGCUGGGAUGCAAACAUGCAGUAACAAAAUGCCAGGAUCGCUCGAUCACGAAGAGCAAGACGUGAAGACUUUUGCUUCUUGGGGAGUUGAUUAUCUGAAGUACGACAACUGCAAUGAUGCUGGCAGGAGUGUCCACGAAAGAUACACUAGGAUGAGCAACGCCAUGAAGAAAUACGGGCAGAACAUCUUCUUCUCACUCUGCGAAUGGGGAAACGAAAACCCUGCUACAUGGGCACGUGGCAUGGGCGGUAAUAGCUGGAGGACAACUGGCGACAUUGCUGACAACUGGGGCAGCAUGACAUCCCGCGCGGACCAGAAUGACAAAUGGGCCUCCUAUGCUGGACCUGGUGGAUGGAACGAUCCUGAUAUGCUCGAAGUUGGAAAUGGUGGGAUGUCCGAAGCCGAGUACCGCUCGCACUUCAGCAUCUGGGCACUUGCCAAGGUUUGGGCCGGCCCGCUCAGCGGCAACAGAAAGGCGGUGGUUCUAUGGAACAGGCAGGGGUACCAGGCAACCAUCACCGCACACUGGUCAAACGUCGGGCUUCCGGGGUCCGCGUCCGUCACCGCUCGCGAUCUAUGGGCGCACUCGUCGUUCUCUGCUCAGGGGCAGCUAUCUGCGUCGGUGGCGCCUCAUGACUGCAAGAUGUACAUCCUGACACCAAAUUUGCCUCUGCUCUCCGGCUGCGGUGGAUGUGGUUCGAAUGGCAAGUCCUGGCCAAAGCCUUGGGCGGGUUUGGGAACCCCAUGUGAUAAGAACGACCGGAACAUCUUCACUGCGACAACCAAGGUCAUGGUGGGCAAUGGCCUUUGGGCAUCCUUCUGGGAAUCGACCUGGCUUGAUGGUUUGAGGCCGAAGGAUGUGGCCCCAAAACUUUAUGAUAUUUCCAGAAAGAAGAUGUGUUCGGUUCAAAAGGCCUUGCAUAAUGGUUAUUGGAUCUCCCAGCUGGACAUUUCUUCGGGUAUCUCUAUUGACCACAUCUCCCAGUUUGCUGUCCUUUGGGAAAGGCUUUCCCACAUUCAGCUAAACCCCGGCAUGGAGGAUUCGAUCUCGUGGAAGUUCUCCAAAGAUGGCCAGUACUCCGCGGCCAUGGCCUACAGUGCCCAAUUCCUUGGUCUGAUGGACACGGACAUGAACCAAAUUGUCUGGAAGAACUGGGCUCCUCCCAAGUGCAAGUUCUUUACUUGGUUGGUCAUCAACAACAGGAUUUGGACAGCUGACAGGCUACAACGCCGUGGCUGGCCAAAUUGUCACUUAUGCCCGCUGUGCAAGCAAGUUCAAGAAUCGGCGGCACACCUCCUUUUCCAGUGCAGGUUCACCGUCAGGGUGUGGGGCAUGCUUAAAAGUUGGUUGGGGCUGCACGAUUUCGAGUCUGUUAAGGCUAGUGGAGACACAACGCCACGCAUAUGA